AUGUGUUUUGGUGCAACCUGUCCAACUUGCUCAAAAAAGGCAUGGCGUGGAUGCGGUAACCAUGUCCAGCAAGUAUUCGAUAAAGUGCCCGAGUCGCAGUGGUGCACAUGUACCCCGAGAACCAAGAUCGGCGGUAAAGAAUACCCUCCCGCGGCCGCAAUGCAGAUUCCAGGCUUGAGUUGGAUCUCGAGUAUGCUUGGAGGAGGUUCUCGUCAAGGCAGCGGUAGGCAGACUCUUGGUCUGCAUUCAACUGGCAAGAGACCACUGGAUCUCAUGACACCCAAUAGGGCGUCGAGUCAUGAUGCACAAUUGCCGAGGCUCAAGGAUGAGGGCAUGGAAGUUAGUGGUUUAGAAACGGUCAUGUAUUGUAGCACUUUCCCCUCAAAGAAUGUUAAGAGAUCUAAGAUUGCAAGGUCGCGGAGGUACAUACGCCUGGCCAGCCUACCGGCUUGGUCCGUUCGUGAAGUGUGGGGAUACAGAUUAGCACCUGGAAACCCCAGAGUUGGAGGUGGAGAAGACCUUACUCAAGAGGGAACAAAGAAGCGACAGCGACAGGCCGAUAGGUAA